AUGGCGGGAAAUUCAGUCGACGUCUCUCAAUGGAUGGAAAAAUUGCCAAAUGAAAAGAAACUGAAAGAUUUAGUGAUCCCAGGAUCUCACGAUUCGGGAACGUUUUCUCUUGAUAAAAACAUGGAGAUUGGUCCCGAUGAACCCAACCUCAUUCGUAAGUUUGGGAAAUUGGUAAAGCCUGUGGUCUACAAUUGGUCUGUCACACAGUCCAUGACAAUUUACGAACAGCUUAGGUCGGGCAUUCGCUAUCUGGAUCUCCGUGUCGCGUACAGAACCGCAGAUAAAAACUCUGAGAUACGUGUUUUACACGGUUUGUUUGGUUGGACGAUUGAUCAAGUCUUGGACGAAGUGAACCGAUUUGUGGCGAAUUACCCGAAAGAAAUUGUCAUUUUAGACUUCAAUCAUUUCUACAAAAUGGAUCAAGCUGCUCAUAAAAAACUUGCAGAUACUCUGGAUGCUUCGUUCAGCAAGAUUUUACGCGCUCCCGGCCGCCAAGGCCCGAAUGUCACCCUUCAAGAGAUGUGGGGAAACGAAGAGAAGGUCAUCAUUAUUUAUCACGACUAUGAUGUGGUCGAUACUUACCCCUGUUUCUGGCCACCCCAUCUAAUCUGCUCCCCGUGGCCGAACACAGAUGAUACGAACCAACUGUUGGAAAUUCUCAACAAACAGUCAGAAGCGUCCAGUAUUUCCGAAGAUGCCUUGCAGGUAACACAAGCUCUCCUCACGCCACAAAAUUUAACUAUAGUUAAACACGUGACAAGCACUUUAAAAGAUGUUCUGGCUUCGAAAUGCAACCGCCAAGUGACCGAGUGGCUGAAGACUCUUCGUGGCACCAAGAGUCACAAAUUUAAUAUUAUCAUCGCUGACUUCGUUGAACUCAGCGAUUUUAUCCCAACUGUCAUCAGUCUGAAUUAA